AUGCGUGUCAUUGCCCUCUUUGCUGCCCUACUGGCCGUCGCCUUUGCCGCUCCCGAUUUGGAAGCCAGACAGCAGGGUGAAGGCUGCAAGCUGAUUCACGGAAGCACCUGCAAGUCACAGGGUUUGGUCCAGUGUGGUCAUACUGCUGGAAAUGUCACUCCCUGCUGCAAACGCUGCUAUUAA